CCAGUGGUUGAGUCCCUUGGCGGGGCGCUGCAGCGGUAGGUGUCGCGUACGGGAUUCCCGAGCUGACGUGGCUUAAAUUUGGGAGGGGGGCAGCUGGAGCCUCCGGCGACAGCCUCUUCCAGAAAUGCUGAGCCGAUUGUCAGGAUUAGCAAAUGUUGUUUUGCAUGAAUUAUCAGGAGAUGAAACUGAUGAGAAUAUGAGGGCUUCCAUAGAACCUGAAUUACCCCAAGAAUCUGACAUGGAGUUUAAUGAUAGAACACAAGAGGAUGUUCUGGAGCGCCUGGCUUAUACAGAGCAGUUGGUGCAGGAACUAAAAGAAAUCAUUGGACAGAAGGAUGCUCAACUACAGCAGAAGGAUGAAAUUCUACAGGAAGAAAGAAAAGCUGCUGAUAACAAAAUUAAAAAACUAAAACUUCAUGCUAAGGCCAAAUUAACUUCUUUGAAUAAACACAUAGAAGAGAUGAAGGCACAAGGAGGGACUGUUCUGGCCACAGAACCUCAGUCAGAGGAGCAACUCUCCAAGCAUGACAAGAGUUCUACAGAAGAAGAGAUGGAAGUAGAAAAGAUAAAACAUAAACUCGAGGAGAAGGAGGAACUAAUUAGCAGUUUGCAAGCCCAGCUUAGCCAGGCACAGGCAGAGCAAGCUACACAGUUUGCUAAGAGUUCAACAGAGAUGGAAGAAUUUUUAAUGAUGAAGAAACAGCUCCAAGAGAAGGAGGAACUCAUUAGCACUUUGCAAACCCAGCUCAGCCAGACACAGGCAGAGCAAGCUGCUCAGUUGAGUUCCAUGCAGCAGGUGGUCCGAGAGAAAGAUGCCCGCUUUGAGACACAAGUUCGUCUUCAUGAAGAUGAGCUUCUUCAGUUAGUAACCCAGGCAGAUGUGGAAACAGAGAUGCAACAGAAAUUGAGGGUGCUGCAGAGGAAGCUUGAGGAGCAUGAAGAAGCCUUGUUGGGCCGUGCUCAGGUUGUGGACCUGCUGCAACAGGAGCUGACUGCUGCCGAACAGAGAAACCAGAUUUUCUCCCAGCAGUUACAGCAGAUAGAAGCUGAGCAGAGUACUUUAAGGAACACUAUAGAAACAGAAAGACAGGAGUCCAAGAUUCUGAUGGAAAAGAUGGAACUUGAAGUGGCAGAGAGAAAGCUAUCUUUCCAUAACCUGCAGGAAGAAAUGCAUCAUCUUCUAGAACAGCUUGAACAGGCAGGUCAAGCCCAGGCUGAACUGCAGUCCCGGUACAGUGCUUUGGAGCAGAAGCACAGAACAGAAAUGGCAGAGAAGACCUCUCACAUUUUGAGUCUUCAAAAGACUGAACAAGAGCUGCACUCUGCCUGUGAUGCCCUAAAGGAUCAAAAUUCAAAGCUUCUCCAAGAUAAGAGUGAACAGGCAGCUCAUUCAGCUCAGGUCAUUCAGCAGCUGGAAGAUCAACUCCAGGAAAAAUCCGAAGAAAUCAACCAAUUUCUAAAUAAGGCAACGUUGCUAAAACAUGAAAUAGCAUCUCAGACUUCUUUGCCAGAUGUUUCUAACGAGGGCACACAGGCAGUCACUGAGGAGAGUAUUGCCUUUUUGCAGAAGAGAGUGGUAGAACUAGAGAAUGAAAAGGGAGCCUUGCUCUUUAAUUCUAUAGAGCUGGAGGAGCUGAAAGCUGAGAAUGAAAAACUGUCCUCUCAGAUUACUCUCCUAGAGGCUCAGAAGAGAACUGGAGAGGCAGAUAGAGACGUCAGUGAGAUGAGCAUGGUUGAUAUUGCCAGGCUCAACAAGAGCAGCUCUUCUGCUGAGGAAAGUGGCCAAGAUGUCCUGGAGAACACAUUUUCUCAGAAGCAUAAAGAACUAUCCAUUUUAUUGUUGGAAAUGAAAGAAGCCCAAGAGGAGAUUGCAUUCCUUAAGUUGCAGCUUCAAGGCAAAAGGGCAGAGGGUGACCCUGAGGUCCUUGACCAAAAAGAAAUGAAACAGACAGAGAGUGAAGGAAUACCUCCAGUUAAAAUGACAGUAUUGCUUGAAGAUACAGGGCAACAUUUUCCCCCCAUGCCAAAUGAAGAGAGCAGUCUUCCAACAAUUGAAAAAGAAGAACAGAUGAGCAUUAAAUACCAACACAGAACAUCUGAGCAAAUAUCUUUAAAUGACACUGGAAUGGAAUUAAAAUCAGCAAAGCAGGAUGAUGAUGAUAAAUCCCCUUCUGUGGUAUCAGGUAUUUGUCAGUAUCACCAGGAUGAAUUGGAAAAGCUAAAAGGUCAAAUUUUGGAGCUUGAGCUAAACCUUCAUAAAGCAGAAGAGAUCUAUGAGAAAAAUUUAGAUGAGAAAACUAAGGAAAUAGGAAACCUAACCCAGCUGAUUGAAGAGUUUAAGAAAAAUGCUGAAAACACCAAUAGUGCAUUCACUGCUUUGUCUGAAGAAAGAGACCAGCUUCUUUCUCAGGUGAAGGAACUUAGUGUGGUAACGGAACUGAGGGCUCAGGUACAGCAACUGGAAGUGAACCUUGCAGAAGCAGAAAGGCAAAGAAGACUUGACUAUGAAAGCCAGACUGCUCAUCACAACUUGCUCACUGAACAGAUCCACAGUCUCAGCAUAGAAGCCAAAUCUAAAGAUGUAAAGAUUGAAGUUUUACAGAACGAACUGGAUGAUGUGCAGGUUCAGUUUUCCGAGCAGAGUACAAUGAUCAAAAGCCUGCAGAGCCAGCUGCAGAAGAAGGAAAGUGAAGUGCUCGAGGGGGCAGACCGUGAGAGGGAUAUCUCAAAUAAGGUGGAAGAACUUUCACAGGCUCUUUCACAGAAGGAACUUGAAAUAGCAAAUAUGGACCAACUCUUACUAGAGAAAAAGAAAGAUGUGGAAAUUCUCCAACAAACCAUCGAGGAGAAGGAUCAGCAAGUGACAGAAAUCAGCUUUAGUAUGAUGGAGAAAAUGGUUCAGCUUAAUGAAGAGAAGUUUUCUCUUGGGGUUGAAAUUAAGACACUUAAAGAACAGUUGAAUUUAUUAUCCAGAGCUGAAGAGGCCAAAAAAGAGCAGGUGGAAGAAGAUAAAGAAACAGUUUCUGGCAUUAAACAGAAUUAUGAUGAGCUGAACCCAGUAGGGCUAAUAAGUAAAGAAGAACUUCAGUAUGAAUUAGACCUUGUAAAGAAAGAAAGUGAGCAGAGAAAAAGAAAGCUCCAGGCUGCUCUUAUUAACAGAAAGGAACUUCUACAGAGAGUCAGUAGAUUAGAAGAGGAAUUGGCCAAAGUGAAAUAUGAACCCAGGAAAGACACCCCACUCAGUGAGAGUGAGAGGAGGGAAAUGGAGGAAGAUAAAGAAAGCAAAGAAGACUUAGAAAAAUGUGUGACUUCUAAGUGCCAAGAAAUAGAAAUGGUAAUAUCUUUAAAACAGGUAAUAUCCGAGAAGGAAGUGGAACUAGAGCAUGUAAGGAAGGAUUUGGAAGAAAAGGCAGCAGCUGAAGAACAGUUACAGGCUGUGGUCAAACAGAUGAAUCAGAAUUUGCAAGAGAAGACAAACCAAAUAGAUCUGCUCCAAGCAGAAAUCAUUGAAAACCAAACAGUUAUCCAAAAGUUAACCACAGGUAACAAGGAUGCAGGUGAUGGGGACUCAGCAGCACCUGUAAUAGAAGCAGCAGCCAUCAGUCCACUUGGUGCAGGUAGUGGAGAACACUGGAAACCAGAACUGGAAGAAAAAAUAAUGGACCUUGAAAAAGAAAAGGAACAACUUCAAAAGAAGCUACAGGAAGUAUUAACCUCUCGCAAGGUGAUUCUAAAAAAGGCACAGGAGAAAGAAAGACAUCUUCGGGAGGAACUCAAGCAACAGAAAGAUGACUAUAAUCGCUUGCAAGAACAGUUUGAUGAGCAAAGCAAGGAAAGUGAGAACAUUGGGGACCAACUAAGGCAACUACAGAUUCAAGUAAAGGAAUCUUCGGACAGAAAACUCCCAGGCAGUGGCCAGCGGGAACCAGGUUCUCCCAGUCAAGGUUUAGAAGAACCUUUAUUCAAAGCCACAGAGCAGCAACCUGCUCAACCUGCUUCAGAGUCUGACUUGUGCCCAGACUGGCCUUCUCAUCCUGGAGAUACAAAUGGUCUGCAGGGCAAUACUGCUAUUGCCCGGAUUAAGACACAGCUGAAAGAAAUAGAGGCUGAGAAAGAAGAGUUAGAGUUGAAGGUUAACUCUACAGUAAGUGAGCUGACUAAAAAAUCAGAAGAGGUAUUUCAGUUACAAGAGCAGAUAAAUAAACAGAAUUUAGAAAUCCAAAGUCUGAAGGCAGCAUCCCAUGAAGCUGAAGCCCACGCAGAAAGCCUGAGGCAACAACUGGAAAGCAGUCAACUAGAAAUCACUGGAUUAGAACAUUUAAGAGAAUUACAGCCUGAACUAGGUGAACUGCAAAAACUCAUAAGCAAAAAAGAAGAAGAAGUUAGAUACCUUUCUGGACAGCUUAGUGCGAAGGAAACAGCCCUUACUAAAGUACAGACAGAGAUAAUAGAACAAGAGGAUUUAGUGAAGGCUCUGCAUACACAGCUGGAAAUGCAAGCCAAAGCACAUGAUGAGAAGAUAAAGCAGGUACAGGUGGAGCUUUGUGAAAUGAAGCAGAAACCAGAAGAGAUUGGAGAAGAAAGUAAAGCAAAGCAACAAAUACAGAGGAAACUGCAAGCUGCCCUUAUUUCCCGAAAAGAAGUACUAAAAGAAAACAAACGUCUCCAAGAAGAGUUGUCUUUGGCCAGAGAUACCACUGAACAUCUCACCAAGUCUCUGGCAGAUGUGGAAAACCAAGUUUCUGCUCAAAAUAAAGAGAAAGAUAUAUUCUUAGGAAAGUUAGCUCUUUUUCAGGAAGAAAGAGACAAACUCAUUGCAGAAAUGGACAGAUCUUUAAUGGAAAAUCAAAGUCUCAAUGGUUCUUGUGAAAGUCUGAAAUUAGCUCUGGAGGGUCUUACUGAAGACAAGGAAAACUUAGUGAAAGAAAUUGAAUCUUUGAAAUGUUCUAAGAUUGCAGAAAGCACUGAGUGGCAAGAGAAACACAAAGAGUUACAAAAGGAAUAUGAAAUUCUUCUGCAGUCCUAUGAGAAUGUUAGUAAUGAGGCAGAAAGGAUUCAGCAUGUGGUAGAAACUGUGAGGCAAGAGAAGCAAGAACUAUUUGGCAAGUUAAGAAGCACAGAAGGAAACAAGAAAGAGACAGAAAAGCAGUUGCAGGAAGCUAAACAGGAAAUGGAGGAGAUGAAAGAAAAGAUGAGAAAGUUUGCUAAAUCUAAACAGCAGAAAAUCCUAGAGUUGGAAGAAGAGAAUGAGAGGCUUAGAGCAGAGGUACACCCUGCAGGAGGUACAUCUAAAGAUAGUAUGGAAGCACUUCUUUCUUCCAAUUCUGACAUGAAGGAGGAACUAGAAAGGGUCCAAACAGAGUAUAAAACCCUUUCUAAGGAGUUUGAGGCUUUAAUGAUGGAGAAGGACUCUUUAAGUGAAGAGGUUCAGGAUUUAAAGCAUCAGAUAGAAGGUAAUGUAUCCAAACAAGCUAGCCUGGAGGCCAGUGAGAAACAUGAUAACCAGAUGGUUGUCACUGAAGAGGCAACCCAGUCUGCUCCAGGUGAGGCCCAUGAGCAAAACUCUCCCAGUGUGAACCCAAGGUCUGAAAAUUCAGAAUCCAUUCAUUCAGAGAACAGUGCCAAGCCUGAUAUAAGUGAGAAUGUCAGCUUACAUGAUGCAAUUAAUAAUUACCUACAGCAGAUGGAUCAGCUCAAAGAAAGAAUCACUGAAUUAGAGGAGGACAAGCAGAAAGACAAGGAAUUUAGCCAGACUUUAGAAAAUGAGAGAGCUGCUUUAUUGAGUCAAAUAUCAGCAAAGGAUGGUGAACUAAAAAUGCUUCAGGAAGAAGUAGCCAAAAUAAACUCGAUAAAUCAGCAAAUCCAAGAAGAACUUGCCAGAGUUACCAAGCUAAAGGAGACAGCAGAGGAAGAGAAAGAUGAUUUGGAAGAGAGGCUUAUGAAUCAAUUAGCAGAACUUAAUGGAAGCAUUGGGAAUUAUUAUCAGGAUGUUACAGAUGCCCAAAUCAAAAAUGAGCUACUAGAAUCUGAAAUGCAGAACCUUAAAAAGUGUGUGAGUGAAUUGGAAGAAGAAAAGCAGCAGUUAGUCAAGGAGAAAACUAAGGUGGAAUCAGAAAUACGAAAAGAAUAUAUGGAGAAAAUACAAGGUGCUCAGAAAGGGCCUGGCAAUAAAAGUCAUGCAAAGGAACUUCAGGAGCUGUUAAAAGAAAAACAGCAAGAAGUAAAGCAGCUGCAGAAGGAUUGCAUUAGGUACCAAGAGAAAAUCAGUGCUCUGGAGAGAACUGUUAAGGCCUUAGAAUUUGUUCAGACUGAGUCCCAAAAAGAUUUGGAAAUAACCAAAGAAAAUCUGGCUCAAGCCAAUGAACAUCGCAAGAAGGCAGAAACAGAAUUAGCUAGCUUCAAAGUACUGCUAGAUGACACUCAAAGUGAAGCAGCAAGGGUCCUAACAGACAAUUUCAAGUUGAAAAAGGAGCUUCAGUCAAAUAAAGAAUCAGUUAAAAGCCAAAUGAAACAAAAGGAUGAAGAUCUUGAGCGAAGACUGGAGCAGGUAGAGGAGAAACACCUGAAAGAGAAGAAGAAUAUGCAAGAGAAACUGGAUGCUUUGCAUAGAGAAAAAGUCCACUUAGAAGAGACAUUUGGAGAGAUUCAGGUUACUUUGAACAAGAAAGACAAGGAAGUUAAGCAACUUCAGGAAAACUUGGAUAGUACUGUGGCCCAGCUUGCAGCUUUCACUAAGAGCAUGUCUUCCCUCCAGGAUGAUCGGGACAGGGUGAUAGAUGAAGCCAAGAAAUGGGAGAGGAAGUUCAGUGAUGCUAUUCAAACCAAAGAAGAAGAAAUUAGACUUAAAGAAGAGAAUUUCAGUGUUCUAAAGGAUCAGCUUAGGCAGAUGUCCAUCCACAUGGAGGAAUUGAAGAUCAACAUUUCCAGGCUUGAACAUGACAAGCAGAUUUGGGAGUCCAAAGCUCAGACAGAGGUCCAGCUUCAGCAGAAGGUCUGUGAUACUCUACAGGGAGAAAACAAAGAACUUUUUUCCCAGCUAGAAGAGACUCGACAUCUAUACCGUAGUUCUCAGGAUGAAUUAGCUAAGUUGGAAUCAGAACUGAAGAUUCUCAGAGACCAGUCAACUGAUUUAAAUAACUCUUUAGAAAAAUAUAAGGAAAAUAAAGAAAAUUUGGAAGGGAUCAUAAAGCAGCAAGAGGCUGAUAUCCAAAAUUGUAAGUUCAGUUAUGAACAGCUAGAGACAGAUCUUCAGGCCUCCAGACAACUGACCAGUAGGCUGCAUGAAGAAAUAAACAUGAAAGAGCAGAAGAUUAUAAGCCUGCUUUCUGCCAAGGAACAGGCAGUCCAAGUAGCUGUUGCUGAACUGCAUCAGCAGCAUGAUAAAGAAAUUAAAGAAUUGGAAAAUCUGCUGUCCCAGGAGGAAGAGGAGAAUACUGUUUUAGAAGAAGAGAACAAAAAAGCUGUUGACAAAACCAAUCAGCUUAUGGAAACACUGAAAAACAUGAAAAAGGAGAACAUGCAACAGAAGGCUCAGUUGAAUUCCUUUGUUAAAUCCAUGUCUUCUCUCCAGGAUGACCGAGACCGUAUAGUAGGUGACUACCAACAGCUGGAAGAGCGACAUCUCUCUGUGAUCUUGGAAAAAGACCAACUCAUCCAGGAUGCUGCUACUGAGAAUAAUAAGCUGAAGGAAGAAAUUCGAUGCUUGAGAAGUCAUAUGGAUGAUCUCAAUUCUGAGAAUGCCAAGCUCAAUGCAGAACUGAUCCAAUAUAGAGAAGACCUGAACCAAGUGAUAUCAAGGAAGGACUGUCAGCAAAAGCAGCUCCUUGAAGCUCAACUUCAGCAGACUAAGGAGGUGAAAAGUGAGUAUGCUAAAUUAGAAGAAAAGCUCAAGGAGUCUGAGGAAGCAAAGGAGGAGCUGCAGAGGUCCUCUCUUGCCCUCCAGGAGGAGAAACGAGGUUUAUCUAAAGAGAUUGAGAACUUAAAAGUAUGUCUGUCCCAACUAAAGAAACAAUUGACAGGCUUGCACGAAGAAGGUACUUUAGGAAUAUUCCAGGCCCAAUUAAAAGCAAAAGAAGAGGUACAGAAGUUAAAUACUACCCUUUCUUUGUCUCAGAAGAGAAUUACAGAACUGGAGGAGGAAUUGGUUCGUGUUCAGAAGGAAGCUGCCAAAAAGGUAGGUGAAAUUGAAGUUAAACUGAAGAAGGAAUUAAAGCAUCUUCAUCAUGAUGCAGGGAUAAUGCGAAAUGAAACUGAAACAGCGGAAGAGAGGGUGGCGGAGCUAGCAAGAGAUCUGGUAGAGAUGGAACAGAAGUUACUCAUGGUCACCAAAGAAAAUAAAGAUCUCACAGCACAAAUCCAGUCUUUUGGAAGGUCAAUGAGUUCCCUACAAGACAGUAGAGAUCAUGCCAAUGAGGAAGUUGAGGAACUGAAAAAGAAAUAUGAGGCCAGUCUGAAGGAGUUGGCACAGCUGAGAGAAGAGCAGGGCCUCUUAAGCAAGGAGAGAGAUGUUCUUGUUUCUAAAGCUGCAUUUCCAAUUAACUCCACUGAGGAUAACAGCUUGCCCCACCUUGAGAAACUUAACCAACAGCUUCUAUCCAAAGAUGACCAACUGCUUCACUUGUCCUCACAACUAGAAGACUCUUACAACCAAGUGCAGUCCUUUUCCAAGGCUAUGGCCAGUCUACAGAAUGAGAGAGAUCGCCUGUUGAGUGAACUGGAGAAAUUCCGCAAGUCAGAGGAAGGGAAGCAGAGGUCUGCAGCCCCACCUGCAACCAGCCCAGAUGAAGUACAGAGUUUAAAGAAAGCUAUGUCAUCACUUCAGAAUGACCGAGACCGACUACUGAAGGAAUUGAAGAAUCUGCAGCAGCAAUACUUACAGAUUAACCAAGAAAUCACUGAGUUACGUCCACUGAAGGCUCAACUUCAGGAGUAUCAAGAUAAGACAAAAACAUUUCAGAUUAUGCAAGAAGAGCUCAGGCAGGAAAACCUCUCCUGGCAGCAUGAGCUGCAUCAGCUCAGAAUGGAGAAGAGUUCCUGGGAAAUUCAUGACAGGAGGAUGAAGGAGCAGUACCUUAUGGCUAUUGCAGAUAAAGAGCAGCAGCUCAGCCAUAUGCAGAAUCUUAUGAGGGAAUUGAGGUCUUCUUCCUCCCCGACUGAGACCCACAAAGUGCAAUAUCAAAGACAGGCAUCCCCAGAGACACCAGCUUCCCUAGAUGGAUCACAAAACCUAGUUUAUGAGACAGAACGUCUUAGGACUCAGCUCAAUGACAGCUUAAAGGAAAUUCACCAAAAGGAGUUAAGAAUUCAGCAACUGAACAGCAAGUUCUCUCAACUGCUGGAAGAGAAAAAUACUCUUUCCAUUCAGCUCUGUGACACCAGUCAGAGUCUCCGUGAGAACCAGCAGCACUACAGCGACCUUUUCAAUCACUGCGCGGUUCUGGAGAAGCAGGUUCAAGAGCUGCAAGUGGUGAGUGAGAAGGGACCACUGAAUAUAGAUGUUGCUCCAGGAGCUCCCCAGGAAAAGAAUGGAGCUCACAGGAAGGGUGAUCCUGAAGAACUGAGGGAGCCACAGCUAAGCUUUUCUGAAGCCCAGCAGCAGCUGUGCAACACUAAACAGGAGGUGAAUGAAUUGAGGAAGCUGCUGGAAGAAGAACGAGACCAAAAAGUGGCUGCUGAGGCUGCCCUCUCCAUGGCCGAGGAGCAGAUCAGGCGGUUGGAGCAUGGUGAAUGGGACUCUGCCCGGUCUCCUAUCAUUGGCUCCUGUGGCUCCCAGGAGCAGGCACUGUUAAUAGAUCUCACAAGCAACAGUUGUCGAAGGACCCGGAGUGGUGCUGGCUGGAAGCGGGUCCUGCGUUCGCUAUGUCAUUCCCGGACACGGGUGCCACUGCUGGCAGCCAUCUACUUUCUGAUGGUUCAUGUCCUACUCGUUCUAUGUUUCACAGGCCAUCUGUAAACCUAGUUCUCACCUUUUGGAUCACUCCCCUCAGAACUUGGAAUUCCCUCACCUCUAGCAUCAAAACCAUCAAUUCCAAUGGAACAAUCUUCCCACUUACAGGUCCUCUCUCCAACUCUCCACAGAAAGUGCCUGCAAAAACAGAGGUGGAUAUGAGCACAGGUUAGAGCUGCAGGGACCAGUGAGUCUGCUUUCUUCUACUGUCCAGGGCCUGACACUUCUGCAUAAUCUGAGGAGGCCCCAUAGUUGGUUAUUGAGCCCAGUAUUUGUUCAGAUUUUUCAGGGCCCUGAUCUUUUAUGGUCCUAUGAAAGAUGCUGAGGAAUGUCUUUCAGCCAGGAGGAUGGUUCCAAUAAACCUAAUAAUCAGAAGUCCAAUAUCAUUUUGAUUGAUACUUUCUUUGUCUCAUGUACCUUAUAUUUUCUCCUGCUUCAGAGGGAAGUUGAACCUGCCAUAAACAAUGGCAGGGGGAGUGUUCUGGGGAACAUUAUCUCAUAGGAUAUCUAAUUAGGUCUCUGGCAAAAUGGAGCCAGAAUAGAAGAACUCCCCAGGGCUUUUAGCUGUUGGAUCACAGGGGAGGACGGCGUCUCUUUCCCUGGCUGUUCAGACAUGAUUGGAGUGAGAGUCAUGGUCCUGGACUAUAGGGUGAGGAUCCCACUGCUUAUCCCUUGAUCACAUGUGUACUAAGGUAUUCAGUGGCCUGUGCCUUUCCUUUCACUGAAAGGCAAGAGGAACUGGCUGUGGACAGUGGGAUUCAAUUCUUGUCAUUCGUGUGUUAUCUGAAUAAGCCUCGAAUGUGGGCCCUAAGACAGUACACUAGGAACCAGUCCUAGGUGAGGCACUGACUGCCAGCCAGGGAGGUCUGACUGGUGUGACAACCACUCCUAGCCGCUUGAAGUACGAAGCUGCUUUGCUGUUGGUGACAGUUAUUCCAGUUUCUCAUUGCGUCGUCAUCUGCCCUCUGCGGUAACAGAGAGCUGAGGAAAAUGGAAGGAGAUUAUAGAGAAGACAAAAUAUUUAAAUCCAAGCCUGAGAAUGACAGCCGGGUUUUGAAUUCCAUUUGUGCCUAUUCCCCACCUCUCCUUUCUCCAACCCUUACCCGUUGGUUAUUUUCUCAUUUUGCACAUGUUCCCUGCCUGGUCUCACCACCCAGAGAGGAGAGAGAAAACUGGUGGACGGACUGAUCCGCUCUAAUCCUUUGUUCUGUGGUGACCAAAUCAUGGUCACAGCAACCCAGGAACUUUCCUGAACAACUGUAAAAUAAUAAAAUUAUUUUCAGAAUGAAA